AUGGUAGAUGAAGAAAUUACAGCGGGCUUUGAUGAUGAGGUGUUGACUAUAAAAAAGCUACUUGUUAGAGGGAAGAAGCAGCAACAAAUUUUAUCAAUUGUUGGGAUGCUUGGACUUGGUAAGACAACUUUAGCCAGAAAACUGUACAAUGAUCCUUACAUCACACACUACAUUCAUAUUCGUGGAUGGACCAAUGCUUCUCAAUUACCCAGAAAAAUAGAUAUGUUGUUGCACAUUUUACGUUCUGUUAAUGUCGACGAAAUUGAAAACAUGUGCAAUGAAAAGCUAGGCAAAAAGUUGUACAAGCAAUUAAAAGGCAAGAGAUAUCUCAUUGUCAUUGAUGAUUUAUGGGAUAUUGGUGCCUGGGUCGAUCUUAAAAUGUAUUUCCCCAAUGACAACAAUGGAAGUAGAGUUAUGUUCACUAGUCGGCUCAAAGAAGUGGCUAUGCAUGCCUCACCUGAUUGCCAUUCUCAUUGUCUACGUUUUCUCACUGAAGAAGAGAGUUGGGAGUUAUUACAACGGAAGGUGUUUCAUAAUGAAAGUUGCCCUCCAAAACUGAUUGAAAUUGGGAAGCAAAUAAUGAAAAAAUGUGAAGGGCUUCCACUUGCAAUUGCUAUAAUAGCAGGACUUCUUGCAAAGAACAUCAAGACACAAGAGUCAUGGAAACAAGUAGCCCAAAGUGUAAGCUCAUACAUUGUUAGUGCUCCAAACCAGUACUUGGACACACUAGCACUGAGUUACAAUCACUUGCCUCGCCACUUGAAACCAUGUUUUCUCUAUUUAGGAGCAUUUCCAGAAGACCAAGCAAUCCCGGUGCAGAAGUUAAUUUGUUUGUUGGUAACUGAGGGGUUUAUACGGAAAAUUGAGCAGAGAAGCUUGGAGGAAGUAGUAGAGGAUUACUUAAUGGAUCUAAUUUAG